AGAGAGAGAGCAAGGAGAGAGAGAGUGUGUGAGUGACUGAGCAAGGGAGUGAGAGAAGGGGAGAGAGCGAGAAAAGGAAAAAGCGAGAGGAAGGCGGAAUGCAACAGGCCGUGCUUAUUCUUCGCUCUGAGAGGGACUUCUGACUGACGAACUUAACUCCACUACACUUCUCCUCUGUUCAUCUCUCCAUUCACUCUCUUCCUUCAUCCGUCCGUCUGUGCACCAGACCCACUCCAGAUCCGGCCCCCAGGACCAGCUCCAGUAAGACAACUGCCUAAGAGUGACAAGGGACCGGAACUAUCCUGGACCUAAAUUAUCCUCUCAAGGCCAUGGCAACCAACAGGGAACGGCAGGUGAGUCACAUGACUGGCUUUUCACCUGCCGUUUACCCCUUCGCCUUCAACUCCAUGAGGAGCCACUCACCUUUCGACCUUCUGGCCAAUAGCAGCCUCUUUGGACGUUUUGGGGCAGACCUUCCGAAAGAAAUGGCUGCAUUGUCAGUGGAGACCCAGAGCACCAGCUCUGAGGAGAUGGUGCCCAGUUCACCCUCUCCGCCCCCUCCUCCCCGCAUCUACAAGCCCUGUUUCGUGUGCCAGGACAAGUCCUCUGGCUACCACUACGGGGUCAGCUCCUGUGAGGGUUGCAAGGGAUUCUUCCGGCGCAGUAUUCAGAAGAACAUGGUGUAUACCUGCCACCGAGACAAGAACUGUCAGAUCAACAAGGUGACCCGUAAUCGCUGUCAGUACUGCCGGCUGCAAAAGUGCUUUGAGGUUGGCAUGUCCAAAGAAGCGGUGCGUAAUGACAGGAACAAGAAGAAGAAGGAUGUGAAGGAGGAGGUGGUGUUGCCGGAGAGCUAUGAGCUCAGUGGAGAACUGGAGGAGCUGGUCAACAAAGUCAGCAAGGCCCACAAAGACACCUUCCCCUCACUCGUCCAGCUGGGCAAAUACACUACAAACUCCAGUGCAGACCACCGUGUACAGUUAGAUCUGGGGCUGUGGGAUAAGUUCAGUGAACUUUCCACCAAGUGCAUCAUCAAAAUAGUGGAGUUUGCCAAGCGCCUGCCAGGCUUCACCACCCUCACCAUCGCUGACCAGAUCACACUCCUCAAAUCAGCCUGUCUGGACAUACUGAUGCUGAGGAUCUGUACUCGCUACACUCCGGAGCAGGACACAAUGACCUUCUCCGAUGGGCUGACCCUGAACCGGACCCAGAUGCACAACGCAGGCUUUGGCCCUCUCACAGAACUGGUGUUUGCCUUUGCUGGCCAGCUGCUGCCUCUGGAGAUGGACGACACAGAAACCGGCCUCCUCAGCGCCAUCUGCUUGAUCUGUGGAGACCGUAUGGACCUGGAGGAGCCCCAGAAGGUGGACAAGCUACAGGAACCCCUCCUGGAGGCCCUGAAAAUCUACGCCCGCCGCAGACGCCCCAACAAGCCCCACAUGUUCCCCCGCAUGCUGAUGAAGGUCACCGACCUCAGGGGCAUCAGCACCAAGGGUGCUGAGAGAGCCAUCACUCUGAAGAUGGAGAUCCCAGGCCCCAUGCCUCCUCUGAUCAGGGAGAUGCUGGAGAACCCUGAGGCCUUUGAGGACAGCAGCGACUCUGGGGACAGCGCCUCCGCCCCCCCUGCCAUCCAAGCCAUCAAGAAAGAGAGGGAGGAGGAGAAGAGCCUCGAGGAGGAAGAUGAGGAUGAGGAGGACGAGUGGGGGGACGAGGAGAGGGAGAGGGGGGCGGACAGCGAUGGGGAGCCCUGGGGGYAGGCUGCAGCGGCAGAAGCGGGGUCCCAGAAAGGGGCAACUGGGAGAUCCCAGUGAGAGUGACAUAGUGAUGCACUCUGACCCAUACUCAUCACCUCCUGCUCCACCACCCUCAGACAGACCAACACUCCCUGUCCUAUCCUUACAAGCG